AUGCGUCGUGCCUUUCGACUACCCAUCGCUGCCGUUGUUGCGUCCAAACGUUUGUAUGGAACUCGUUAUUUUACGGAUUGCCACGAGUGGGUAGAACAUAAUGAUGGUGUGGCCACUGUUGGAAUAACUGAUCAUGCGCAAGAAAGUCUUGGUGAUGUGGUGUAUGUUGCACUUCCCAAUGUAGGAGAUAAAUUGGAGGCAAAGGAAGUAUUUGGUGAGGUGGAAAGUGUAAAGGCUACCAGCAAUGUUUACUCUCCAGUGAGCGGUGUUGUGGACUCUGUAAAUGAUAGGGUAAAGGAUGAACCAGCCCUUAUCAACCGUUCUGCAGAAACUGAGGGCUGGCUUAUCAAGGUAAAAUGCAGCGAAAUUCCCAAAGGUCUUAUGACAGCCGAAGAAUACAAAAAGUUUAUCGAAUAG